AAGCAAUCCAAUAAAUUACACAGACCAGAAGAGAAUUCUCAUAAUAUCAAGGAAGAAGAAGAAAGCUCUGUUUCUCUCUCGUUCUCCUUAUUCGAUACGUCUCACCCUUUAUUUUUAAAGAAAUAAAAAAAAUUAGGGGUUAGUUCGUGAAAAAUCAGGGUUUCUUUAAUACGUUAUUCAACUCCGAGUUUCUGCAAAUCUAUACGAACUCUGCUCUUCAAUUCUUUGUAGGUAGCUGUUAUAGUUCAACUCUCCUCCCUUUUAAGCCCAUCUUGAUCUGAAAUCAAAUUGGCUGCUUCAUUAAAUCGUACAAAUUUCCCGUAGAUUUUUUUGGGUUUCAAAGGAAUUUAUUGGGUUUGCAGAAAGUAGGUGCCUUUUGAAUUUUGAUAUUUGAUUAAUCCCAGCUAUUUCAGUUGUUCUGGGUUUCUGUGCAUCUGUGAUCUGGUUCCCCAAUUGGGUUAUAUCGAGGCAAACCAUGACGGUCCCUACAAUUGCGCUGUAUGCAAGUCCACCGAGCAGCUUCUGCUCAGCACCGCACCCGUGCCAGAUCAAUCCACAUGCGAGUUCUGAUUUCGACUUGAAUUCGAGAUCUUCAUCAUCGGCAUCAUCCACGGCAUCCUCUUCGCAGAAACCCGUGAUGGGUGGCCUCUCAUGCCUUUUCUCAUCGACCACGGUGAAACACGCGCUGCCGUCGACUUUUUCUGGCUCCGGGGAGGAAUUGGGUUCAUUUAGAGGUGAUGAAUUGAAAGAACUGAGCAGCUCAUUUUGCUAUUCGUCCAGUAAUUUUGGUGCUGGUUCUCUAAAAAAGGAUAAUAGCCCUGUCUCGGUUCUGCAAGGGCCGGUUUCGUGUAGUAGCAGUGGGGUUGCUGUCUCGAGGAGUCCUCCGGUGAGAAUUCGAGGGGCCGGAACGUGUGGAUUGUUCAAUGGGUUUGUUAGGAAUGCAUUAGGGUCAUAUGCGGAUUAUGAUUCCCCUAGUCUUCAGGUUCACGGUGGUGCUGACCUAGAUGUGGGAGCUUUAUCGACAGCUGUUGCUGUAGAUGAAUUGAGAUUUAGUAUGGAGGAUAGUUUGAUGGAGGGUGACUCAGAGCCCUAUGCUAAGGAUUUGCUCCUUGGUGCGCAAUUGAAGCACAAAAUCUUUUGCGAGGAUUUUGUAGUCAAGGCAUUCUAUGCAGCGGAGAAGGCACACAGAGGACAGAUGCGUGUGAGUGGAGGUCCAUACUUGCAGCAUUGUGUGGAAACAGCGGUGUUGCUUGCAUUGAUUGGUGCCGACUCUACAGUAGUUGCGGCAGGGCUUUUGCACGACACUCUUGAUGAUUGUUUUUUGAGCCGUGACUACAUUUUCAAGACAUUUGGAGCUGGGGUUGCUGACUUGGUAGAAGGGGUUUCUAAACUUAGCCAAUUUAGUAAGCUUGCAAGGGAGAAUAAUACGGCAUCUAAAACUAUAGAGGCAGAUCGCUUGCACACCAUGUUCCUUGCAAUGGCAGAUGCCAGGGCUGUCCUCAUUAAAUUGGCUGAUCGACUGCAUAAUAUGAUGACUCUAGAUGCACUGCCAUUGGUCAAACAGCAAAGGUUUGCUAAAGAGACUUUGGAGAUAUUUGCACCAUUGGCGAAUCGAUUGGGAAUCUAUACAUGGAAGGUACAGCUAGAAAAUUUGUGCUUUAAACAUCUCAACCCAGAAGAGCACAAAGAAUUGUCCUCUAGGCUUGUGGACUCCUGUGAUGAGGCUAUGAUUAGUUCUGCAAUAGACAAAUUAGAGCAGGCUCUCAAAGAUGAAGCCAUUUCGUUCCAUGUGUUGUCAGGGCGGCAUAAAAGCUUGUAUAGCAUCUACCGCAAAAUGUUGAAGUACGUGCUCUAUCUCCCUCUCCUCCAACCACCCUUUCUCUCUCUCUCCUGUGCAUUUUUGUGUGGACACUGCACAAGCACUGCAUGCAUGUGGAUCCAGAUACACGGAAAGAAGCUGACCAUGGAUGAGAUUCAUGAUAUACAUGGGAUACGGUUGAUUGUUAAUGAUAAGGAAGACUGCUACAAAGCCUUGAAUGUUGUUCAUCAGUUAUGGUCUGAAGUAUGUGGAAAAUUAAAGGAUUAUAUAAACCACCCAAAGUUCAACGGGUAUCAAUCUCUUCACACGGUAGUGAUGGGCGAAGACAUGGUUCCUCUUGAAGUUCAAAUUCGAACCAGAGAGAUGCAUUUGCAAGCCGAGUUUGGAUUUGCAGCUCACUGGAGAUACAAGGAAGGUGACUGUGAGCACUCUUCAUUUAUUCUUCAGAUGGUUGAGUGGGCACGAUGGGUGGUCACUUGGCACUGUGAAGCCAUGAGCAAAGACCACCCUUCUAUUGUUUACGAUGAUUCAAUCAAGCCUCCCUGCACAUUCCCAACUCACUCAGAUGAUUGCCCAUUUUCUUAUAAGCCUCAGUGCGGCCAGGAUGGACCAGUCUUUGUUAUCCUGAUAGAGAAUCACAAGAUGUCAGUACAGGAGUUCCCUGCAAACUCAACAAUGAUGGACCUGCUUGAAAGAACUGGGCGGGGAAGUUCAAGGUGGUCUUCAUAUGGGUUCACUGUGAAGGAAGAAUUAAGGCCCAGGCUUAACCAUGAACCUGUGAGUGAUGUAACGUGCAGACUGAAGAUGGGGGACGUCGUAGAGCUAACUCCAUCUUUGCCUGACAAGUCAUUGACAGAGUACAGAGAGGAAAUCCAGCGAAUGUAUAACCGGGGCCUGACUACCACAGUUCCUGCUGCGAGUAAUAGGGUUGGCAGGAGAAGUUGACCGCUGACGGAUCACCAUUUUACACAGUAUAUAUGCCAUUUAAUUGUAAGUUCUUCUUGUACAUAAGGUGUUAGUAUUUGUACAGUGCAACUGUAUGGAUUGUUAUUCAGAUGCAGUGAUUAAAUGGAAUUCGCCAAGAGCCAGGCUAUUGAUUUUUAUAUGCAGGCUUUGCCCCCA